AUGUUGGAUGGCCCUCGAGGCAAGUUCAGAUUUGACAGUGACGUUGUCUUUGGAGUCAAGAUUUUCGACAGUGAAGGAAUAGCCUGUGAUUGGUUUGAAAGAGUGCAAAAAAUUUUCCCUUAUCAGCUUAUUAACAGUGUCAGGAAAGUAGGCUGUUAUCUAGUUCACAAACAUUGUUCAUUGCAUCAUUUAUCACAUGACUUUGACUGGAGGCUGACAUUUUCAGAAGCAGAGUCAAAGGUAUUUGAACAUCAUUCUGACAAGAGAGCAUUAAAAUUGUGUUAUGCUGUCAUCAAAUUUGCAGUCAAGCAAUUCAGUCAAGUAAAAAAGAAAAACUACCCAGCUCUCAAGUCAUAUCAUUUAAAGACAAUUAUUUUAUGGAUUGCAGAGCGAGGUGAAAAGCUUCCUUUUGAUAUGUAUACCAUUGAUAAUAACAAAACACUUGGAGGGUUACUGUUGUACAUCAUAACAACUUAUAGGCAACAUAUUUAUGAUGGAUAUUUGCAACACUAUUUCAUAAGCCAUAUAAAAGUUUUAGAGCCCUAUGGUGUUGACGAACGCACGGAAGCUAUGCACCUGUUAGAUGACUUCAAAAUGAAGCCAUUAAGCAUUGUUUCAAAUUUUGAUAAUGCCAACCUCAGCCGUUGGAAGGUUGAUCAAUUUAUUAUCGUUGGUUUGCUUGCAGCAGUGGCGUGCAUGUGGAUCAGCUUUUAUUUCUCAAAUGUUGGUAAAAUUUUUACAGGAACAAGUGUUGUGCGACAAAUAUUUGGGGUAUGUGCUGUAUUUGUUGUGAUAAUGAUUGUAAAAAUAAUUUUGGAUUAAUUUUUUAAAAUAACAUCAUUUUAACAUCAUUUUAAUAAGGUUUUUUCUGGAAUGGUGUUUAGCAUUUAUGAGGUUGUUUGCAUCGCUGACAUUUGUGUAAUCAACUUGUGUACUUCUUGGCCAAAUAUCACUAACAUGUAAAUUAUUAUUAUAAUUAAUUAGAUUUUGGAAAUUGCUCAGCCCUUUUAACAUUUUCUACUGAACGAGUAUAUAUAUCUUAAUUUAAGAUAGGAUUUCACAUUUGCAAACACUGAUACCUUUUGGAAUGUUAAAGAGAAGAUAGUAUGGGUUUUGUGUGAUUGUGUUGUGCUAGAAAAUAUCCAUAUUCCUCCCAAAGACCUUGAGUUUCUAUUUUGGUUUAAUUUUGGCCCCUAACCCUCUGGAAAUCCCAGUUUAUGCUUAUUCUUUCCUUGGCUUAUACCUUGCCAGCACGCCAGAUGCUAUGUAGCGUCCCUCCGUAGCACAGCUCGUAAGGUACUUGGCCUGAGACCCCCUUACCUUUGGAAUUUUGCAUAACGCUCCAUAGAGUGGGUAUGGAUAUUUUCUGGAACACAAAUUUUGAAGAUUUUGAACAUGGACUCAUGUUAUCCCUCACCUUUGGAUUAUAACAAUGAGGUGUAGAAAUUUCCGUGUACAGUUAUAAUUUGUUUUCAAAUUCUGUUCUCUCAUACAGUGUAUCCUUGUGUUUAUGCUUGAUGGCCUGUCUGAUAAUCAAGUGAACACCUAGUAGCCCAGUUUGAAGAAUACUAUACUCUUUAAUGAGCAGUCUUAUGGACAUGGUGCUUACUGAGUUUUCCCUGAAGUCCUUUCACUAGGCCCAGUUCAAAUGUCUAAUAUCAUAGGUGACGAAUUACUCCUUAAUUUUGGCGCGAAAGUUCAGCGUUAAUUUGUAAUUUCACAUUUGAAAUUACCAAAUUGCCAUGGCAACCUGCCGUACGUCUCCGUUUCAAGAUGGCGAGGAAGUCUUAAAAUGUCAUGAAUGAAGAUGUCGGGGCAUAAAAAGACGCUUUAGAAAACCUGAACACACGAAAGAGCACAUCAAGAAGGAUUCUUAGAGGUAUUUUGUGGAAAAAUUCUGAAAACGUAAGCCAAAUUUUAGCUCAAAACGUUUGAGAGAGUGGAGUUCACGAUCGAUCGAUACGAUCCAGGAUCAUAGGAUCAGGAUCAAGUCAAAAAUCCUCGAUUUCUAACGUAAUUCGUCACCUAUGAUAUUAAUAGGUAAUCAAAUGGUAUACUCGUGAAAUUAGGGAAUAAUUUCACUUACGUUUUGUCCAAAUCCUAAUAAUUUCCCGAGCCUUUAGGCUCGGGAAAUUAUAAGGAUUUGGACAAAACGCGCGUGAAAUUAUUCCCUAAUUUCACUCGUCACCAUUUGAUUCAACAUACAAAUUUCACAUGUGCUGAAUUUAAUUCAAGAAUUAACUGCAUGUAAUUAGCCAACAACGCUACGACAACGAGAACAUUGCUUAAAAAAUCUUUCAGUCUUUAUCGCGAUUAUUCCGAACCACUCACCUCGUCAUAGGCGUACGGGAAAUUUUUUGCCCGGGGGGGGGGGCGGUAAACCAUUUGCCCAAAAAAAUCUCGCAAGUUGCUCAAAUUUUUCCGAAAGAGUCGAAAAGAAAUGAGGGCCAUAUUGCAACAACAUAGGCCGUCCUGGCAUAUGAAGGUGGCUCGACGAUACGGUUUUUCAGGGUCAAUACCAAGUCUGAACAUAAACUACGUCGCCAUAAACAAACAUUUGGAAAAAUUGCGACCACAGUUGUAUUAAGAUGAAAAUUUGUCAUCAUCAGAGUUGCAAUGACAUCGGAGUUGUCAUAGCAACGAAAUGACUCCCCCCGCCCAUUACCUAUUUUACUUCAGCAAUGAUUCCCGGCACAGGAACCUCACAAAAUCGUUCACGGGAGCUUUUUACUCCAAUACGGUCGCCUCGAUGUUCGUGAAGUUUAAGCAAAACCUUAUCGAGAUAUUUUGGAAUGAAGUUUUUAUUAUUAGAAAUACGGUAAGAACAGGAAAAUCUUGAUUUUUGGCCGUUAUCUGUAGAAAACGAAGCGCUUUUGACCUGCAAUUUCACCUCAUAGUAGUUUUAAUCUUUUUAAAAAUAUGUGUGAAAGAUCAUGGAGAUAGCUCUGCUUGAUUGCUAGAAUCGAAAGAAGGAUUUGAUUAGUAUGUAUCGAGACACUAGUGGUUUUGUAAAUAUUUCGGUCUACUUUAACAAAUUAGCGAAUAAUUUUAAACCGCUCGAUAGACUUUUUAAAAGAAUUAAAAUUCUUCUCGUAAUUCAAACUGAGAAUUAGUCAGCCACUUCUUCAUUUUCAUACCCAUUGCUAAAUGCUAUCUGCCAUACUCUGUUCUUCGAGUAGAGAUGAUUCUAGAAAGUUAUUCGAAAGUUUAUUUUAAUCAAUUCACGACUGGAAAUAGCCCAUUUCAGCUAGUGCAGUGCAGUAUAGUGCCCAACAAAAAAAACUGCAAAUAUGUAAAUUACUCAUCACAUGUUAGGCAACCACUGUAAUGUAACUGGAUUAUUACGCCGACUUCAGGUUAAAAUUCAGGUCUUUAAAAUAAUUAAAUAAACAUGGAGACGUCUUUAAAAACUGGCUUUGCCCAAAUUUUCUCUCGCUGCCCAAAAAAUCUGAGUUACCCAAAAUUUGGGGGGGCUGCAGCCCCCCUCGCCCCCCCGGCCCGUACGCCUAUGCACCUCGUAAAAUGUAGGCAAGCCCUCCUGACGUUGAAUAAGGGACGAUAUCGAAGUUCAGAAAGAGUAACAAAAUUUCAUCGUGGCUUGUUUACGUUCUCCAUAAAACGCGAAAUGAGGUAUUUUCACGUUGUAGUCGUGCAAAAACGGCAAAGAAAUUCACAAAAAAGUGUGCUGCACGUGCAAAGUUGUUGUUUUGCUCAUUAAACCUAUUGUUUUUGUUACGGUCUGGUAGCGGUUGAAUCUUGAAGUUCCCUAAUAAGACCUAACAAUGCACUCUAUUGUAUGGAAAAAAAUAAGUUUUAUCUCUUGUUUUUAAAAAGCUAGAUUUAAGUGGAAAUAUUUGAAUCAGUACAUCUUGAGCACAACGUUAGAUCUUGCCACCCACCAUUUUUAACGAACAGGUGUAUUAUGGUGAAAAAGUUUAUUACUACGUAAAAUAGAGUAAUACGUUGUAAAUUUAAGGGAAAUUUAAAUAUGCACACUUUUUGUGAAUAAAUUGAAUUAAAUUGAGCAAUCGUCAUCGACAACAAUUUUGUCACUAAAACUUAAAGUUAGCUAUCUUUUUGUAUUUUUUUUCAAUGUUAGAGGAAUUUACCCACUAGCAUUGAAAGUAAAAGUUGAAAGAGGGCAGUUGAUAAGUUAAUACGUUUACAAGUUUAUGUUUACUUAUUUUUCACACGCAUGCUUGCGUUGAUCAGUGGAUCUUGUUUUUGCUUGUUUUGGAGCUGAGAUGUAAAAAUAUAGAUUCAAAAAAAUAUUCUAAGAGUCAUUUUGAGGACGGCCGGAGAGAAACUCUCGUGCAGCAAGACGCGAUUUUAGAGAUCAUCACACAGUAGUGAGACAGCUGCUGACUGAGAUGAAAUUGCCUUUUAUUUUGCCGCUCCUCUUCGCGGUUUUCUGGGUCACAGGUAAAGUUAAACAGUUCGAAUGUUGCGCGGCUGGCUGCUUCUGUGAAAGUUCACCACGUGUGCGUUUUUUGAAAGAUCUGAACCUCGGGUCCUUGAAACUUCUGUUCUGAUUAGAAGUGGACUCUUUCAAAGUACUGUCAUAAAAGUAUCAACAAAAUUAAACUUCCAUCUACGAUUGGCUAUUCUCUUAAAUGAGAGUGAAUCAACCAUCAGAAAAAUGCCGGCGGAAAAAAAACUUUCAUGCGUCAAACGGUAUCGACUAACAACAAGAAGGUAUAGAAUAUAUUUGCCAGGUGGAGUGUUUUUCGUUUGAGCGGACUGUAAGAGAGAGACCCAGUAACCACACUAGACCUCAGAUCAAAUCGGGUCUAGAAAGGAACGAGUCAGGAUAAAACUUUUUUAAAGUUAUUGUAAAAUUGUUCUUCUAUAAGAUUGGGAUCACUUUUACGCUUAAAUUAAGCUCAAAUGAGGAUACUCAGCUUCAUUCAAUGAAAUAACUUGGCUUGUAGCUUUACUUGGGAGUCCCAGCUGGUAUACGCACUACGUUUUCGUGCUAACUUGUCUGCUCCGGGAGGUAAGGGACAAUUAGACUAAAAUAUAAAUCGACGGGAAAAACUACGCGGACACAAGGUCUUUAAAAAUAUGUUCCACUAAAAGGGUGAUUUUGACUGGGAAAUUUAUUCUGAAUAAAAACGACCAAUCUCAUUUCGUAUUUCAAUUCUAAGACAAAAAGCAACUAUCUUGCCAAGGAAUCUUUUGUUUAGUUCAGCAGGACGCUAGCCUAGUGCGAAAAUUGUUAAUAUAUUCCCCUCAGAUCUCUUUUUAUAAUAUUUUUUAAAAAAUGACUGGGGCUUCUUUCUUACAGUUAAUACGGACAAUAAUGCCAAGAGAGAUGCUAAUGGCCCCGCAUUACUGAAAACCCUGCGAAAUAUUGAAAGAUUGCUUAAAUUUGGUAAGUAAAUUCAUGCAAAAUUAAUCUGAAUUCAAGUCCACCCCCUGUAAGGUUUUUUGAUUUUUACAAAAAAGUAUCGUCUUUUUCAUUUUUUUCAUCUCUAAAAGGCCCGUGUCCUAGUGGCUGGACGCAUUUCAAAAGUGGUUAUUGUUACCUUGUGAGUAGCGCCAUUAAGACUUGGCACAAGGCCCAAGCGUACUGCAGAAGACUGGGAGGAGAGCUGGUAAAGAUAAACAGCAACGAAGAAAACGAAUUUGUAUUAAAGCUGGUCCACCAACACGAGCCAUCGUUGAAACAGGUUUGGAUCGGACUUAAGUGGGUCACAAGCCACUAUAUCUGGUCUGACGAUUCGGUUCCGAAUUACACGAAAUGGUGGCUAGGCGAACCGAAUGGAAAAGCCAGUGAACCAUGCAGCAACAUGUGGAUUAAACAUCCAACCGCCCCAGGAAUUAAUGGCUACUGGAAUGACCUCUCCUGUUGGGAUCCAGCCCGUCCCUGUGGUAUAGUCUGCAAGAGGCUUCCCUAGGCGGCAUCCACCAUCAAACUCGGAGUGUAGUGGCGUGAUUCAGCGUGAUUCAGUAACUUUAUAUAGACGUAACCACUGAUAAGCGGCAAGACAGCACACAACAGUUAGGUGCGUAGAUGUAAAAUCGGCU